AUGCACUUUUGUAAGGUAACAUUAUUUUACAAAAUAAUAAGUAAACUAUUUGGCAUGCAUUUAUCUCAGUCAUCCAGUAGCACCACAUUUGCUUUUGCACUUCUUGACAGACUGUGUUACAAAUGGGAUGGUCCAGCUCAACAGUGUACGAGUGGUAAUUGUUUCUGCCAUCCAGAAGGCGUCAACUCGAGUGCAUCCAUGAAUGUUGCUUUAAGGGCCUUGUUUGAAAAACUGACUUCCAUCUCAACAAGGGAAAAGUUUUUAGUAUCUUCUGAUAUUAAUUCGUUCCGAUUCUGUAAACAAAGGCAAAAUGCAUUUUAUCCAAGACUAUCUGUUAGUCUUACAAUCCCCAAAUCUUUGUAUCUCCUGCUCCAUCCAUUGUGA